UGAUAUUGACCGGGCGCGCCGGCAACUUUCUCUCUCGCUGUCGCAUGACUCCCGUCUAUUGAAUUGAAGUGCGAUAAAGUCAUAUAUCAACCCCCGCGUCGGAAGCAAUUGCGAUUGUGCUUCGCUACUGUCUCACUCGCAAGCCCGGACAAUCCCUCCGCAGCCCGCACCGGGAGACUGCGUCUUGGAUUUCGAAACCCUCGCACCGCCGCUUGUGUCGAUACCCUCUUGCUUCGGUCCGGAGUGGAAUUCAAAGAGUGAUGGGAAACGCUCUGUCAACUAUGUGGCUCCAGAGGGACUACAGCCUCGACAAUAGCGAUCUUACCGGUGAACUGAGAUGACAAGAGUGACCGCACGCCUGACCUCUGUUGCCUCUUUCCGGUCGGUGUUGGAGCACUGGCAGAGAGUGCUGAAAUACCAGGAUGCCUCUCGUCAAUGUCACUUCGGUCGCGGCCGUCCUCCUACUCCUCUACUUGUCCUCCUUUAUCCUACUUGCGAUUCUGCGGAUUGCAACCGGCAUAUCAAUUCAGCGCAUUGGCUACUUUAGCCUGAGGCACAUCUCAUACGCUCCAAGAGAAGGACUGAGAAUAGAUUUGCGAGGUGUUGGAUUGAGUUUGCGCAGACCUACCUUCGCCCAGCCGACAUGGAUCAGCAUUGUGUUUGAAGACUUGAAGGUCACCAUCGACCCGACCGCGUUGGAAAACACAUCGGCAAAGACAGACGCACAGGAUAUCGCCAAAAGAAAGCUGGGCGAAGGCUCAGAUGGACACCGGCGUUCUGGCGGGAAAAGCCAGCUGUGGAAGAGGUUGACCAACAUCAAAGAGCAGAUCAAACGUCUGCACCGCAAAAUCCACCUCCUGCGGAUGUUUGAUGUCAGUGCCUACAACACAUCUGCGGAGAUUGUUGGCGUGGGCUAUGUUCAGAUUUCGACCUUCACCGCGGCUGUGUACACCAGACGAAAGCUCCUCGACCGUGGACGACUAUUCCGACACAAGAAGGACCCUCUGGGAGACCAGAAGCCUGCAGAAUGGGUUUUUACAGUCAAAAGUAUCCAAAUGGGCGUCGGCGGCCGUGAUCCGAUCGAGAUACUCGAUGCGCUGACAAUUAACGUGCAUGGGCUUCUUUACAAGGAUCGGGAAGGCCUUCGGGACACCUCAAUCGCGAUAAAGGGUGGCAGAGUCUACGUGCCGGUCGAUGAGCUGGUUCACUUCUCACGGAAAGGCAGAAAGGCGCCAAGGACCUAUGAAGAGUAUGACGCACUGAGUCCGAUCGAUGAGAUUUCGUUUGAGGAUGUCGCAGAGGAAUUGGACAGUCCAGGAAGUCGUGAGGCGGCUAUCGUGCAGACUGUGGCAGACUCAAAAGAGUUCCUGCGUUCUGUCCUUCAGAGCGUCCAGGAAAUCCAGGUCGGCAUGAGCUUUGUGCGCAUAUCGAAAGAAAUUGUGUCACUCCGGCAAGCCAAUCUUCCCUUGGUCGCCAACGUCGUCAUCCACGAAAUUGGCAUUGACCUGCAUAGGCUCGAGCAAAACUCGCCUGCCCAUCGGAUGUACUUCCAGCGGGAAGAUACCGCUCACCAAGCAUUACUCGCUGCUCUAUCGAUUUCUGUCAGCCUUGACGAGGACGAUUCUCGCCCGAAUAGGAUCAUGUACGUACCCAUGGCCACGACAACCAUCAGGACAACUCUACCGUCUAAGACAAUGAGCUUCUCACAAGACCGAGACGUCGCUGAAAGGAAUACAAAUAUCUUAUUCGCCAAUCUUGUUGUCACAUCACCAUCGCUCGACUUGGCACCACAGCACCUCAUGAAGCUGUUGGCUCUUACCCAGGGGGCCCCUGGAUCUAAAGCUCAAGCCCCUUCGCGUAAUCACCACCGCCUCAUCUCAAGAUUGCUUCCCAAAGCUAGCAUCAAGUUCUCAAUCCAUGAGCCUGUGCUCAGAUUUGUGUUACCAGUCGCAAAUCCAGCUCACGCCGGCCCAGGCGAGUAUGACAUGAUCAUCUCCUCCGUUUCCUCCAUUUCUCUGGACGUCGAAUCCUCCCACUCAGCAGGAGGAGAGUUGCUGUAUUCCCUUGGGUCGAGCUUCCGUGUCCUAUCGCACCAAUUAUAUUAUCAAGCUUCUACAGGCACGACACACAACCUAAUCAUAACGGAAGCUUUGGAACUCAAAGUUCAGCUCACAGCGUCGACGAAUGUUUCCGUCAUCCUCCAAGGAAAUUUGCGAACGUUUUCCAUUCUCAUGGUUCGAGAAGAGGUCAGCAAGGCGAUCUAUAAUAUAGUUAGGCACUUUAAACACCAUGCCUCUGAAGACAAAGCGGCUGCCCCAAAGUCGCCUUCUACUGCCUUCUUGCGGAAACUCCCUACUUGGCUUAUUGAGGCAAGUUUCGAAGGUUCUGGCUGCAGCCUCGAGGUUGCGGGUGUCGACUCUAGCGUCUCUGGCCAAACACGAGGUGUCGCCUUUGAGCUUGAAUCCUGGUCAGCCCACUACACAUCAGCAAAAUCAGAGUCAGGACGAAAGACGAAAGGACGGAAAGUCAGCACCUCCGUCCGCUAUGACGAAACGUUUUCGGCAGGCAAGGGCGUCUCGUCACCCACCUCACACCAGAAGCAUCACCCGAGUGAUCCCACGGAUGGAAGACGACUCGCAUGCCAUGUCAAGGGCUUUGACGGCUUCAUCAUCGAAUCUCUUGAUAGAUGGGAACCGACGCCGUUCAUGUCUAUCCCAAGAUUUGAAACUGCUUUCAGCACGUCAAGGGAUCAGCAAGGACCGCUUUUCCACAUCCACUCCUCCAUUCGUGCGUUCUAUUUGGACUUCUCGCUUUACAGAUUCUACUCGAUAGGUGUUGCAGGCUUCGUUGUGAAAGAAGCGUUCCUGGGGCCGGUUCCGCUCAAACAAGAUCCAGAACAUCACCUGAAAAUAGCGGAUCACCACACGGUCCACGGGCAUCUGCCAGCACCUCUGGACGCAGAACUCUUUGCAAUUGAUGUGAAGGCUCAUUACGUGCAAGUCAAAGCUGACAUGCCACAUGAUCCCCCCAUGUUGCUCCAGAUUUACCAAGUCUCGGGGGGCCGACACAGGUGGUCCGCUCCCUUCCUGAAAGCCGAACUUGCUCGUUUGCAUGCGGAAGCGCCGCACCUCAAACGGAUUUGGGCACGUGUUGUGAGCAUCAGCAAUUUCAGGGUGGAUCUGCGCCACAACAAGAAGAAGACGCAGCAUGGCACGAUCGAAGAGAGUACCAUCGAUGUCUCGACCGACUUCAUUCGCUUGGCAGUGCCGCACGGCCUGCAAAUGUACAGGGUUUUUGACAACUUCAUCAACACUUCAAAGGCCAUGAAGCAGCUGCAACACCGGUUCCAGACACGGUCUAAUGAGUAUGUGCUGGCGAAGCACCCCGUUUCUCCUGUCAAGGUUCCUCGAAUCUCGGUUCGGUCCAAAGCCCUGUGCUUCGAGCUCGAAGACGACCCGUUCGAAUGGAAACUUGGUGUGAUCUAUCACGUUGGUCGCAUUGAGCAGAAGCAACGCCUUGCCCGUGAAGAUGCCUUCCGCUUGAAGGUCAAGCGAAUGAACGAUGAAAGGCGGCCUCGGUCAUCGUCCAGAUUGCGAACCCACUCGGCACACUCAAGCCGCCGUGGCUCUCCUAAUGGCGCCGAUAACGAUCAUCGUCAUCGACGCUCCCGGAGUGUUGAUGCCACUCCAAGGAAACGAUCUACUUCCCGAGGAAGGCGUGGUAGAGAAUCGCAUCGGAUUCGAUACGAUCGUGAGGGCGUUUGUUCACUGACGACGCAUGCCAAAAUAGAAGCGAAUGAGGCGUGGGACAAGCUUCAGGAGCACAAUUCCCGGAGCUGGAAAAGACGGAUCGACUGGAUGCUUCGUCUGCAAAACAACACCGUGAAAAGCGUCCGACAGCUGUUCAUGGGUGCAGAUGAACCUCCCCACGACGACCACGAGACCGAGACGAUUCUUGGCAUUCCUAACCGCCCUGGCCUGAUGACCUUGAUCAUCAGUGACUUACAUCUUAUCAUUGACAAGCCCUCUUUUCCGGAAGCCGACCUACCCAAAUUCCUCCAUGAGAUUGGCAAGGGCAUGCCGUAUGACAUGAAGUAUGGACUGCUUAUUCCUACGAGCCUCAGUCUUGACAUGGGCGAGGCUCGCGUUUUCCUUCGAGAUUAUCCCCUCAACCUUCUCCAUAUCCCCGCCAUACGCCCUGGACAGCCUGCUCGCUUACCAAGCUGGUCUCUCAGAACAGAUUUUGUGAUUGCAGAAGAGUUCCGAGAUGAGAAAUCUAUCAAGCACGUCAAAGUCGAGAUCGUCCCGAAGGGGCAGCAUGGAACACAUGGAGAAGAAAUCCCUGCCUUUGCCAUUGACGUUAGAAGGACGGUAGCACCUGUGAAGACGUACUCCAAGCCUGUCAUCGAUAUCAACACCAGCCUGCCAACCACCAUUUCUUGGGGCACAUCAUACCAACCCGUGAUACAAGACAUGAUGAUGAUUAUCGAGAGCUUCACAAAGCCUGAAAUAGACCCUUCCGAAAGGGUCGGCUUCUGGGACAAGAUUCGGCUGAGCUUUCAUUCGCGGCUUGUUGUGAACUGGAAGGGGGACGGGGAUGUUCAGCUCCGACUCAAGGGCACGAGGGACCCGUAUAUUGUUACUGGAUACGGUGCAGGCUUUGCAAUGUGCUGGCGGAAUGAUGUACAAUGGUUGAUACACCAAGUCGAUGACCCGCGCGAGUUCAUGACAGUCAAAAGUGGUGAAUUCAUCUUGGCCAUCCCCGACUACAGCCACGAAGCCCGCAACACACCGGAGCAGAGAGCAAGCAAUGACUCAGACAGCGUAUCUAGCAGCAGCUCUGCGAGAAAUAGCGCCAUCUUCAAAAAAGUCAUCAUGAAGUUGUCGGGAAAUGUUCAAUGGACUUCCGGUCUCGUCUUUGAACGGGACUUGCCGGACGGGAGCCGCACCUCAGAAUCCAGACAUCACUAUGAUGUGGUAUUGCGGAAUCCCCUCUUCCUCCAGGAUAUUGAUUUGAACUCCUACGAUGCAUUCCAUGGCUUCCGCAGUCAUCAUGUGCACCUCUCCCUGGCCGUUGCCGCACCAUACGACAAAAACUGGGUCGGUGCGGACUCGGCGCCUUCGGAAAGCUACAACAGCGUCCAUCUGAGUCCGAAGUUCUUCUCCCAUUUCUUCAGCUGGUGGUCGACGUUCUCCGGCGUGAUGUCUCUGCCAGUCCGACAAGGCUCGCUGUGGGGUGGCCAAGGAAAGACCAGCAAGAAAUUUGGGCGACACCUCUCAACGAUCAAGUACAACCUUUUGUUAUCGCCACUCUUCAUCUCGCACGUUUACAAGCACAAGGAUGCUGAAGAUUAUCAAGCCGACGUCGUCUCUGCAACGGGCUUAAAAAUCAAGAUUGAUAGCUUCAUGCUGGACCUGCAUCAACGCCGGGAGUAUUUUAAUACUAUGGCGAAGGUACGGGCAAAGCAGAUGAGGACCAGCGGCAUGAAGAUCUAUAAAACCGAACUUGACUUUGUGCGGGCUGACUUGAGAGCAGUGGCCGCACUCAUUGCAGGGACAACGGCAGAGGAUAUUCAAAAUGCAAGUGAUGAAAUGCUUUCCUCCUUGCAGGAAGUGCCUGCGAACAUUGAUCUGUCCCAAUUCACAAUCCCUGAUCAAGACCUGUCGUGGAUUGACAUGGAUGACUUUGUGGAACUGGAUUGGGUGUUGCCCGCAGAGUCAAAUCCAGAAACCAAGAUCCUCCCACUAGCUUUCACUCCGCGUUUCACCUACUUUCGACAGACCGAUCAUGGAGGUGCCAUACAGGGAGACGAGUCCCGCACGAGUCCGUUCGGAGACGAAGACACCCACUUCUGCGUAAUGGGGCGUGACAAUGACCCAAGAAAGGUACAGAUGAACCUAAUCGAGACUAGGCUGCAUGAUCUGGAAGACAGACUUCAGACCCAUGUGCGCAUUAUGAACGAGCACGAAGUUCUACUCGUUAGGGAAGGGGACCAUGACCAAGCAGUCCGCGACAGACAUGAGCUCCUCGUUGCACAACAGAAAGAAUUAGAGAGCAAACGACGGUUCCUACAACAUGGACUCCGACGUCUGAUUGGCCAUGCAAACCCAGGCGAGGCUCAACAAGUCGACAACCCUCUGCAGUCUAACGGAGACGUCACGAAGUCUACGCCCGAUUUGGAAGGGCAGUCACCCGGAACUCCUCAGAUGGACAUGGACGGGUUGUAUUCGGCACCUCACGACGAGUUCGCAAGUGAUUUCAACAACCGUUUCAUCAUCCAUAAUGUCCAGCUCAAAUGGAACAAUUCCCUGAGAAACACCAUCCUGCGCUAUAGCCAUCAAGUCAGCCAACGCCGAGGUUUUGUGUACUACAUGUCCCGCCGCGCCGUCAAAUUUAUACUGGACAUUGUUGACGAGCAAGCGAAAGCAAAGGAAGAGCGCCGCAGACAAGAGAGGAAGAACCAACCCCCAGUUCCGCCCACACCGAGUGUCAUCUCCCCGAGUGAGGAGAAAGAUGAAGAUUCCGUGGUAGAGGACCGAAUCAAGCAGCUUCUGAGUGAUGCGAAACGCUUUGUUCAAGUCCCUGAAGGAGAUGUGGAUGAAGUGUCUCAGCCUUCUGGGGCAGACAAUGACGAUAUCGAGCGGAGACCAUCGACUGCUGAUAUUGGUGACAAGAUUGCGGAGAACUUUCAGGCAAUGAACAGCUAUCACCUGCGCCUGAUCGCUCCCCAGAUCCAGCUUCAAAGUGAGAAAAACAUCAAGGCUAUUGUGCUCAUAUCUGCAAAAGGAAUGCAACUGAAAGUUGUAUCUAUCAUGGAUAAGGCUCGCAUGUCGGACGACGUCAGCGGGCUUGUCCAGCGUCGCUUCGCACUUGACAUGGAUGGUGCACAAUUCUUCGUGGCCACGCAAAAGACCUUAGCCAGAUAUCUCCAUCUCUACUCGGGCAACAGGUACGGCAACACUCCUGGAUCGUCAUGGCCACCCUGGGUUUCACUCGAAGCGAUGUUCGACUUCCAUCUAGAACCUUUCGGUUUCCAAAGAGUGAUUCAGAAGACUUCUGCGAGCCUCCGGUACGAGAAAUACAACCCGCUUCGACUUAAAUACAACGAGGAGGUUGAGAGUAACGAAAACGGUGAGCCCAAUGAUGCAGCGCGCAGAGAACAUCGGAUUGAUCAGUUGUGGGUCGACUUCCCCCGGAUUCGUGUACGGUGCGAUUCCACUCAGUACUACGCCAUGUACAUAAUAGUCCUGGACCUGUUACUAUACAGUGAACCUUUGGAGAAGACAAGAAGCGAACGGCUGGAGAAGAUCAUGCUCGCAUCCGACUUCAGUGAUUUGCGAGGGGCCCCCGAAAUGGCCGAAAGCCUCCAAGAACGCAUCCGACAGCUUGAGGACAUCAAACUUCAUUUUCAGAUCCAUGCCAAGUAUCUAGACAAACAGGGCUGGCAAGAUCGGAUCAAUCUUGAGAAGGACCUUGCCAGCUGUGAAGACGAGUUGUUCUUCAUUAUGAAAGCCAUCAACACGUCUCAACAAAAGAGCGAAGACCGGAAAGCUUCUCAAUCAAGCGGCCUUUUACGAUGGUAUCUCAGCGCCUCUGAGAUUGUGUGGCACCUUAUGCGUGACAAGGACGAACCUCUUCUCGAGUUUCAACUGGGCAAUGCUGCAUAUGAGCGAGUUGACAAUACUGACGGCUCCAAUCACAACGCCUUGGAAGUGGAACACAUCAGAGGCUGGAAUCUCCUGUCCAACGCCCUGUAUCCGGAAAUCAUCGGACCCUAUUACGAAAUAUCGGACAAAGACAGACGACCUAGCAUCAUGGAGUCCCAGAAAAUGCUCCAGGUACACUGGUACAUGCUCGAAGCCAUCGCCGGAAUCCCCGUACUGGAGCGCUUCCAGGUCACCGUGUUCCCAUUAAAAGUGCAGCUCGAACGUGAACUUGGCAAAAAGCUCUUUGAAUAUAUUUUCCCUGGCGUGGGAUCGAAUGCCUUUGAGAACGGCAAUUUCUCUCCGCUCAUGGUUAAGAACAUGGAGCCCACGGAUGACGGAGACGAUCAAGAAUUUGUGGAAGCGCACAGUGCAUUAAUGUCGGAGCAAGAUCUUCAGAGCCCGAGUCCAGAUAAGACUCGCAAUACUUCACCAGGUGCUGUGGCAAGAAGGUUGAAGCCCACCUACGGCCUUGAUUAUGAGGAGAAGCACAAAAAUUCAGCCUCCUCUUCCCAUGGCAAAAAUAGAGGUCUCGGCAUCUCGGGGGAUCACCACAAGUUCUUUAAGCACUUCAACAAGUCCGAGGCUCGCUCAGUUCUGAAGGAACCCACACGCAAAGGAUCCUCGACCAGUUUGAGAUCAGCAAAGAAACAUGAUGCGUCAUCUACAAGUCUUGUCGCCCUUGGUUCCAGUGACGGAGCAACGGAGAGAAAGCGCUUCCCCCUUCACCGGACGGGCAGCAAAGAACGCGGCGUCACGGGCAAGAAGGACAAAAAGGACAAGACCAGCGCGGCCAAUGACGACCUCUCCCAAAUGAUGUCUCGUGCAUCUAAUUACAUGACACUCGCUCAUGUCAAACUCAACAGCUUUGUCGUCUGCCUCUCGUAUAAGGGCAAAUCCGAUCGUAACUUUGAGGAUCUCCACGACUUUGUGUUCCGCAUGCCGACGCUCGAGUAUCGAAACAAGACGUGGUCAAACUUGGACCUUGCGCUCAGAUUGAAGAAGGAUGUGAUCCGAGCGUUGAUUAGCCACACCGGGGCAAUUAUUGGCAACAAAUUCUCGCAUCACAGACCUAGUAAAAAGCAGGUCGAACGACUCAAGGAGAUUGCACAUUCAAGCACCAUUCCGAACUCGGAUAUUAACCUUCAACUCUCGGGGACGUCAGAGACGACCAGUCUGUAUAGUUUUUCGCAGGACGGGAGGGAUGACGACUUCGAGUCCUCGGGUAUAUCAUUCCAGUCGCCGCCUGGGACGAAUGGACACCACAAGGGGGCCAAUUUUCAUGGGCCCAGCCCACUGCUCCGGAGCGGCUCGUGGUCGUCGAGUAUCAACUUACCAACUAUGGGUGCCAGUGCCAGUGGGACUCUCACCGCGACUACGCCUCGUUCAGUGCCCGGCACUGCUGGCGGAGCGGUGGCUGGAGGAAGUGGAAUCAUCAGUAGCACAUCCUCAUUUUUCUCACGACCGAGAUCUGCACAUCCAAGUUCCGCCACAAACUCUAGUCCGAACCUCAACAGCCCAAACAAUACACCCUCUUCACCACAAGGUCCAAGCAGAAGCCUACUAAAGGACACAAUUGGGAGACAUUUCUCAGGGGACACCGUCAAGGGCAGAGUGCAUUUUGGUGGACUUUCGUUGAUCAAGAGUGAGAGUCACUCGCACAGGGAGAGAAGCGACAGUCACGGCAGCCACACCCCCAGCGCAAAGGAGAGGGAAAGGGAUGCCGGUGGACACGAGGAAGGGUCCCCAGGCAGUGUCAUUGGCGGUGCUAGUGGAGGUGCUGGCGGGAUGGCUACAGACAGUGACGCCGAGACCAACAAACGGAAGAGUGUGUUGAUGCUGGGCAAAAAGGUGUUGAACCGGUUGAGCUAGGAUUUCGACUGAUGAUCUGCCAGUUCAGGCUACCAAGCUGCACGGAAAAGAUGGAUUCAUGGUAAAGAUCAAGGGAGUCGAGAGCAGGACCAAGAGAAAAGUUUCAUAUUUGCGCCAGGAAUUGGACAUAUGGGAGGCGCGCCCCCUUUGGGAAUGUUAACGGGAUCCAGCGACAUGAUUUUGAAGAGAGAUUCCCGGCUUUGGCGUUCAACACAUCUUUCUUUCUUUUUUGUCACGAACAAUGGGAUCAUGGGUGCGACGGCAGUUUCGAACGAGGAAGGAAAAUGCAGGCCUGGCCUCCACUGCUUCAUACUCUAUAUAUAUAUAUAUAUAGGUCGUUAACCAGCGAGGUGAGCACCAGCCCGACCAUUCAGGUUUCUGCAUAUCAUAUGUAUUGUAUGUGUGGUUGGUGUGCGUACAUGGGUGCGUAUGUAUGCUCGUUGAUGCAGGGAAAGACAUAUCACCUGUAUCUACUACAUAGUACCUAGUAUUUACUGAGUCGUGCCUC